AUGGGUUGGUGGCCUCUGCUCUGGCUCGCCCUCGGCGCGGUGGACGCGCGGAAGGGGCACGGGAGCCACGGCGCCCACGACGAGCGCCGCGGGCCCGGCGCCCAGCGCUACCUCACCUACAACGAGACCGAGGGCCUCAACAACCAGCGCAUCGCGCUGGAGAACGCGCGCCUCAUGGCCAUCCUGCUGAACCGGACCCUCGUCGUGCCGGACACGAUCCCGCCCCACGACUCCGGCGACCCCUUCCCGACGAAGACCUGCCGCGUCUUCAACUGCGAGUCGCUGAAGGUGCCCUGGGUGUCGCAGCGCUACUUCGAGGACCACCGGAAGCGGUGGCCCGCGGCGUCGCGCGGCGACGCCGCGGCCUGCCUCGACGUGGAGGCCUGCGAGGACUUCCUGCUGGACCCGCCGACGCGGACGGUCGUCGAGGUGCCCCAGGACAAGACCAUGUACCACAUGAGCCUCAAGUCGCCGAAGCGGUGGGUCCUCUCGAAGAUGAAGAACGACCGCGAGCUCGCGCCCAACGUGCUGACGGUCAACAGCCGCCUCGUGGCGCGCGCGAAGCAGAUCAUCGACAAGCUCGGCAGCGCCUACGACGCGGCGCACCUGCGCACGGGCGACUACUUCGACGCGCUCUACCCGGCCGUCGUCGAGCACGCGAAAUACCGCAUCAACAAGCUCCGCAACGUCACCAUGCGCCGGAGCCGGCCCCUCUUCCUCAUGACCGUGCGCGUCCCCGAGGGCUGGGGCAUCGGCUACGACUCCGUGCGCACGGCGACGUCCGACUUCGCGGACGCCGUCCGCGGCAUCUCCGUCGCGGAGCGCGGCGUCGUCGAAUCCGUCGUCUGCGCGAACGCGCACCACUUCGUCGCCACGGGCUCGUCGUCCAUGAGCGAGUGGGUGCUGCGGCUCCGCGCGACGCGGCCGCCCUGGUCCGUCCUCGUCAAGCACGCCGCGCGGCCCGACCCGGCGGUCGACUGCCACAGCGCGUGGUGCUUCGAGGUGCCGCCGGCGGACCGGAAGCCGGCGCCGCCGGCGCCGCCGCCGCCGAAGCUGGCGCGCGCCGUGCCCGCGCCGCCGCCCCGGGAGCACCUCGACGGGCCGCUCUACGCCGGCGAGCUCGAGCAGUACAAGGCCACGCGGCAGCGCGAGCACGGCGGGAGCCACGGCGGGCACGGCGGCGGCGGGGGGCACGGCCGGCACCGAUCCGGCCGCGGCGGCGGCGGCGGCAAGCCCACGCUGGCAUCCUACGCGCGCCUGCAGAGCUCCUACGCGGCGCUCGCCGCGGCCUGCGCCGAGCCGCGCCAGCAUGCGCACGCGCCGGCGAAGCACGGCUGCGGGCCCUUCGCCGGCUGCGUCGACCGCGUCGCCGCCGCGGGCGACGCCGUCGCGAGCCGGCGGCGAUCCAAGGGCGCCUUCGCGACGUUCGGCGCCGCGUCGUGCAUGAACGGCCUCUUCGGCAUGGUCCUGCUCCCCGUCCUAGCCCACGUGCCGAGGCCCAAGAUCCUCGAGAUCGGCCUGGGCUGCGGCAUGCCCGACGGGCCGGGAGAAUCCGCGGACGUCUGGCACGAGCUCUUCCCGCGGGGCCUGGACCUGUGGGUCGCGGAGUACGACGCGCCCUGCGUCGCGGCCUACGAAACGUCGCCGCUGAAGCACAACGCGACGCGCGUGCUCGUGGGCGACCAGGGCGACGCCGACGACCUGCGGCGCUGGGCGCGCGACGCCGGCGGAGCCUUCGACGCCGUCAUCGACGACGGCGGCCACAGGAACUCGCUGCUCCUCGCGAGCUUCCGCGAGCUCUGGCGCCACGUGCGCGACGGCGGCGUCUACUUCAUGGAGGACCUGAGCAUGGGCCGCGUCGCCGCCUUCGACGACACGAACGGCGAGGCCGUCAUGAGCGACGUCGUCGCGUCGUGGAUCGACCAGCUCCUCAUCACGACCAAGUGGGACGAGGCCUACUGGGGCCCCCAGCCGACCUUCGACGCGGAGACACGACGACGAUUCCCACUGCCCGACGACGUCGCCUUCAUCUCCUGCGGGCCCAACGCGUGCGCGCUCGGCAAGUCGCGGACGCCGGGCAUCACGCGCCCGUUCCCCGGGCUCCGCCUCGACUUCCGGAGCGGGUACUAA